AUGUCUUUCGAUCGCCUUGUCCGAUUCGUGCCUAAGGGCAGCAGCAGUGCCGCUCUCAUCGGCGAGCCAGUUGACUCCUCCGUCGACGUGGGGCUUGCAGUCCGAAAGGGCCAGGACGUCAAAGUCAAGGUGUUCAGCGGCUCAUCGGUCCUAGAUCCUGGGUCGGCGACGGAGAAGGUCGAGGUCAUUGACCGCGUAUUGUCGCCCCUCGAUACUCAUGAGGUCGGAACAGUCCGAUGUAUCGGCUUGAACUAUAGAGGACACGCCAAAGAAGUGGGCAUGCAAAUCCCCGAUGUUCCGGUCGUCUUCAUGAAGCCGGCCACUUCCCUGGCAGACCCCUGGCCAGCGCCAACGGUUAUCCCUAAGCACACACUCAAGGACGACUGUGCCGACUAUGAGAGCGAGCUCGCGGUGAUCAUCGGCAAGACGGCCAAGAACGUGAGCAAGGAGCAAGCUCUUGAUUACGUGCUGGGCUACACGGCAUGCAACGACAUCUCGAGCCGUGUGAGCCAGUUGAACCAGAGUCAAUGGAGCUUCUCCAAGGGCUUCGAUGGUGCUUGCCCCAUUGGUCCCACCCUGGUCUCAACCAAGGCGAUCCCGGACGCCUCCAAGUUGAAGCUUAGAGGCCUGUUGAAUGGCAAGGUUGUGCAGGAGAGCGGACUUGACGACCUCAUCUUCGAUGUGGCAGAGCUGGUUGCCUGGUGCUCCCAGGGCACGACGCUCCUGCCCGGUACCCUCAUUAUCACCGGUACGCCCGCGGGUAUUGGUUGGGGCCGCAACCCCAAGCUGACCUUGCACGGGGGUGAUGAGUUCGUUGUUGAGAUACUGCCCCACAUCGGCAGCUUAGUCAAUGUUUUGGAGGACGAGAAAUGA